AUGUCCCUAGUGGGUUGUUCAUUGCAGGAAAUCAUCACACGAAAGGAUGCAAUAGUCCGAUUGCUAGAGUCACGAUCAUACAGACUGUUAUGUUUCACUUAUGAAGUAUCAGAGUCAAAGGAAAGGUCUAGUGAGUUGAAUAGUGCACUCGAAAAUUAUUUGGAGAAACUACUAUUUACUGCACAUCAAGAACUAGCUUUAUAUCGCAUUCAAUCCGAUAGUGAGGAUACACAUAAGAGAAAAUUACAACAUUUACAUACGCUGGCCACGGAAUUAGACGAGAGUUAUUCCAGGUUUGAAUAUGCUAAGGCCAAUUUACCCAAUGAUAGGACAGCAAUUACAGUGAUAUUUGGCCCUGAAGAUUUACAAUCAAAGACUCAACAGACAAUACAAGGAUUGGGAAACCUUAAUAAGGCUUUGGAAGGUUCCCAGAGUAAAGCAAGAGAACUCCUGGAAAGGAAGAACUCGCUGACCCAUAGAUUGGCCAAGUUGGCUCAAGUACAACAGGAACUUGUUCGACGAUUUACACUUGUUGUAAAUUUGGUCAACCAAUUUGCGUCAAUUUCCACAAACUGCGCCAGAAAUGAAACUGCCGAAAAAGUAUUGGAAGAGUGCCUGUUUAGGAUAGCAGUAGAGUUUAGUUGGCAGGAUUGGACAGAAAGAAUUAAAAAGGUGACAAAUUCACUAGAAGAAGUUAAGCCGGUUACUGAGACUAAAACUCCCUUUUUCGGGUCACAUGAUAGGGACAAGUUCAUUUACGAUACAUUGACUAGUCAAACUGCAUCACUCAAGCUAAUGGUUGGACGUACUGAUUCACUUUUAAAGUUAGUGGACAAAUUGUUGAGUUAA